AUGGCGAUAUCCGACUCCCAAAGUGCACAUUUGCAACCACAAAUCGUCCAACUUAGCGACGGCCAUCAACUCCGUAGCGCUCUGCAAGGACUCCACCCGGUGCUCACCCACCUCAACGCCGACACCACAUGGCUGAUUCAACUCCCAUUCCCACCUUCGGCCCCACGGCCAACGGGCCGCAGCCGCUUUAAUAUACUGGUGGAUCCCUGGCUUCAAGGUCCACAGUCCGAUGUCGCGUCGUGGUUCUCGACCCAAUGGCAUGUGGUAAAGCCCAGCGUCAAGACAAUCGAUGAGUUGAACAGGCUGUUGGCCAAGGUGGAGGGGGCGGACGCAGCAGUAGAAGACAAUGUGGAUAACCCCAAGUCAUAUAUCGACGCUGUGGCGAUAUCCCAUGAGUUUACCGAUCACUGCCAUGAGGAGACGCUCAAAGAGCUGCUUCCAAGUACCCCUGUGUUUGCGACUGAAAAGGCAGCCGAGCUCAUCCGGUCAUGGAAACACUUUGACCGUGUCAUCACAACUCCAGGGUUCUCAUCCGAAACAAAGGACUGGCACAGCAUUCUAAGUGUUGCCCCGCUGCCUUCUUGGAUUGGCAUCGGGCGCGUUAUUACGGCAGGCAAUGCCCUGUACUACCACUCAGCAGUCAUGGUGGUCUUCGACACUGCUUCAGCCAAUGCCGUCAUCUACUCACCGCACGGCAUUAAAGCCUCGGAUCUCGAAGCAGUUGGCGCUGCCAAUAUCCGCACCCUGGCAUUAUUACACGGCUUGCAUGAUGUGCGUAUAUGGAUGACGAAGCAACUAAAUCUGGGUGCGUUGAACGGGCUCGAGGCGGUGCGCACCUGUGGUGCUAAGUACUGGCUCGCGACACAUGACGAGGUUAAAAAAGGCGGGGGCUUUAUUGCUCCGAUGUUGAGGAGGACCAAGUAUACGGUGGCUGAUGCUGUCAACAAGGAGACCAAGUCUCUUGGGGAUAAGGCGCCCAACUACGAGUUCGUUGAACUGGGCUCUGGGGACGGACUGGUUUUGGUAUGA